CUCGUCUCAACCCACCAACCCAUCAUCCAUCGUCCUUCCUGCCUCCUCCCAUCGCCCCCUCUCCCGACUCCCACCCCAGCCCUCCUCCCCCCCCUGCAUACAUUCCACAAUGUCCGCCCUCCCCCCCUUCGACCAGCACGCCACCUUCCACCUCACCUCGCCCCCGCACCCGACCUGGACGCCCGGCACACAUCAGCCCGCGCCGGCCUCGCACGGGUCGACGGUGAGCAUCGACCCGGCCGCGCUCGCGAAGCCGGAUAUGUAUAAGUUGAUCAUCAGCGCGGUGGUGCCGCGGCCGAUUGCGUUGGUGAGCACGGUGGAUGCGGAGACGGGCGUUGUGAAUGUCGCGCCGUAUAGUUAUUUCAAUGUGGUUUGUCAUGACCCGCCGACGCUGAUGAUCUCGGUCAACGCCGGGCGGACGGGGCCCAAAGACACACUCCGCAACAUCCUCUCGACGUCGCAGCUCGUGAUCAACACGUUCUCGGAAUGGACCGCCGAGUCCGCCAACCACACCACGACGCCGUACCCGGCCAGCGUGUCCGAGCUCCCCUCGUCGGCGCUCACCCCGGUCGCGUCGGAGCUGGUCCGCCCGCCGCGCAUCGCCGAAUCCGCCGUCUCGUUCGAGUGCCGCGUCGCGCACGUCAACAUGCUGCAUAACAAGGACGGGAAGGCCACCGCCGGCGUCGUGCUGGCCGAGGUCGUGAGGGUCCAUGUCAAGGAGGGGGUGUAUGAUCGGGAGAAGGGGAUUGUGGAUCUGGCGGAGUUGAGGCCGCUCGGGAGGUUGGGCGGCACGAUGUAUGGGCGGGUCGUGAGUGGGUUUGAGCUGCAUAGGCCCGCGACCGUCGUGGCGGAGACUAAGGAGGCGAGGGAGGUGCAGGAGGGGAAAUUGGCGGUGGCCGAGCAGGCGAGGAACUAGGAGCCCCUUUCGAUCCCUUUUCGUGGGCCAUAUUCCACGGACACUCACGUCUGGACGUUGCGGUUUCUUUUACUAUAUCGACUUUUCGGAACGUGAACGAUGGCCGAGCCACUUCCGCAGCGACAGACAGAACCCCUAAUGCUCCCCAGGCGUAUCUUCUGAUCCCAUUCCCACGGUCGUAACAUUUUUUCCCCCCAUCCCGUCUCCUUUCAUAUUACAUGCCUUCUGUACAUUCCCCAAAUACUGGACUGUAUGUUUGUGUGGUCACAACAAUAUAUACAUUGGUGAUGCUAAUAGUUUGCCCAAAUUGGGAAAGCGGAUGAAGCUACCCUUCACCCUACG